AAAGCCAAGCUCUUGGAGACGAUUUCGGAUCUCCACGCGCAACUCGAGGACCAGCGCCGUGCCAUGGACGCGCUCGCAGACGAGGCCAAGAACCAACAGAGCCAGCUCGAGAUGGCGCUCCAGACAGCGAUGGAGCGCGACGCGGACGUGAUGGACCUCGAGUCGCAGAUCCAGCGGCUUGCGCAGACGAACGAUGCGGCGGCCAACUCGGCCCACGACGCGACGCUCCUGCUGCUCAAGGACAAGACGUCGCAGCUCGCGGACGCACGCGCGGCCAUGGUGCAGCUCGAGGCCGAUGUGUCAACACUAAACGAGCACGUGGCCCAGCUCACGAGCACGGUCGAGGCGCGGGAGAAGGACCUCUCGGCGGCCCGCGCCGCGCUCAUCUCGGCGACCCGCGACAGCAGUGAAGCCAACCAUGUGGCCGAGCUCACGCAGGCACUUGAGGCGGCGACGCAGACCCAUGCGACGCAGCUCCGGGCCGCGUCGACCAAGGCGCAAGACGAGAUCGCGGCGUUGAAAGCCCAGAUCGUCGCGCUCACCAAGACGUCGAGUACCGAUGCUGCUGCCUAUGACGCGCUGUCGGCAGCCAAGACCAAGAUCGCGGCGCAGGAAGCCGAGCUCUCGACGCUGCAGGCGACGAUCGAGGACCUGCGGCGGCAGCUCGAAGACGCGCUGGCGCCGACCAUCAACCCGAUGCCUGCCGACGAGUGCGUCAAGAAGGUGCGUUUUGAGGACGAUGUGCUCAAGAGCACCGAGGCGACGUCGACGGUGCAUCUCCAGCACAUUCUCAAGAAGCGCGACGAGGAGCUGCACGACCUCAAGACGGAGCUGUACGAGCGCGCGUGCGACGUCAACGCGCUGCGCGCCGAAGUCCUUGGCAAAACCGAGACGAUCGAGCUCUUGUCCAAGAAGCUGGCGGCCAAAACCAGCGCGAGUCUCGACAAGGCACCGACGUCGACGAUGGUGGUGCCUGCCAACCCGCAAACCACGUCGAUGCUGCUGGCCAACCCGGACAUGGCCAAAAUGGAGAUGUUCCUCUUCAACUCGCUCUGCGCCAAGCAGCAGGAAGUCGACGACCUCCUCGUCGAGCUCGAUCGCCGUGAAGAGGCUGUGCGCGCGGUCUGCGCGGCCGAAAUCGAAGCGCUCCAAGCCGAAGUCAAGGUGCUCGAAGAGCGGUACACGGAGAUGUCGACGGCGCUCAAGCUCGCGCACGAACAGCAGUCGCACCUUGAAACCGAGACAGACAUGCAGCUCAAGAGCAUCGAGAACAAGCAAAAGCAGAUCAAGUCGCUGAUUUCGCUCAUGGCCGAGAAGGAGGCCGAGCUCGCCGAGCUCGACGAAGCGCUCGCGAUCGCCGAGAUGCAGGUCGAGCACCUCAAGGCGCAGUACCACGUGUCGUUUACGAUCGAGCAAGAAGAGGCGUUUGCCACCGCGUACGAGGAAGGCGGCCGCAUGAGCUCGUUCUCGAUGAAGGCUGGCCGCGAGUCGUUCGCGGAGCGCGGCAAGUUUUUCGAGCGCAUGAGCCUGCACAUGGACGACACGGACUUUGAGAUUGAGGACCUCGCGCCGUUCCGGUCCCGCGCCAGCUCGACCAACUCGCUUCUCUCGGACAAGGGCACAAGCACGCGCAGCAGUACUACUCAGCUCAGUGCCACGAGCAAGCCGUUCGAAGACGACAUGGAGUACGGGUCGCCGCGCUUUAGCAACCUCAGCUACGGCUCGGCCCGCGACUCGAACAUCUCCGUGACCGAGUGGGACCCCGAGUUUUAAAAACACUCGUGGUCUUCUAUCUACACUAUCUAUGGCCCAUCAAUCCGCCACGAGGCG